AUGGCUUCAAAAUACAAGGACAAAGAUACAGGCGUUGUCCUCAGCUUCAAUGGAAGCUUGGUCAGUUGGGCGCAUACUGCUGUCGCGUAUACUGCUUUCUUUAGUGCAUUGGUUAUUGGCGUUUACCUACACUACCACAAGAUCGUACAGAAUGAGUUCUAUGGUUAUCCGCAAGAAUGGUUCCCCUCAGUCUCAGCGACUAUUGGCGAUCGGUACCCCGAGCGAUCGUUCUUCAUGAUAUUCAUUGCCAUUACAUCCGGUCCUCGGUUUGCCCUCGUCGGUUUAUGGUAUCUCCUCACGCGAAAGCCCGGCCAGAAGCUGCCUACGUUCGUUGCUGUUAUGGGCCUACUUCGAACUCUAACCUGUGGCGGCUGGACAUACAUUACAUCUACGGAUGACCACGAUUGGCAUGAUAUUCUCAUGAUUUCCUACAUUGUUGCGACGCUUCCGUGGACAACUGGCUGUAUCGCACUCAGCCCCGCCAAUCCUCAGGCCAUCAAAUAUCGCAAAUACUUGGCAUCUGCUUUUUUCGGUACUCUUGUGCCACUGAUCUAUUUCUUCAUUCAGCACAAGGUGCAUCGUGUCGCUGGAGCUUACACCACUUACGCCUUCUUCGAGUGGUCGUUGAUCAUCUUUGAUGUGGCCUUUGACGCCGUGACGGCUCUCGAUUUCAGUACCUUCGCUAUUGAGGUUAGAGAUAUCAAGGGUGCGAGCAAGGGUGAGAACCUGUCGUCUAUCCCAUCCGCCGUCCUGGAAAAGGAAAAGGAAAAGGCGACCGGCGGUAUUUUUGCUGUUCGCUUCAGCUGGCCCGAAGCACUUGAUAUUGCCGCUGAAGUCUACCAUGGAUACGUUUUCUGGACGAUUCUGACUAGUCUGGGGCUUGUAGUGUGGUACUUCCCGCUUUGGUACAUGGGCAUUUCAGGAUACGAAGUUCUGGUCAUGACAACGAUUUCUCCCUUCGUUCUGGCCAGCCGUUCAGCUCGGUCUCUGGUGGUGAACAACUUGCGCGCAGUGCACCUUCUGUCUCUCGCAGGCAUCGCGGCCUAUCUGGUUGAGGAACCCAGUUAUCGCCUGUUUACGGUUGGAUUUGGCGUUUUUAUGUCGUGCUUGGGGUGGGCCGGUACCCUUUUUGCAGAGUCCGUUCACGAGGGCCGCCUCGAAUCCAAGAUCCUGGGUUGGAUGAUUGGUCUUAUUCUUUCCUCUACUGCCAAGUUUGCGUGGUGGACGAAUAACCCUAUUUGGCCUAUUAUGCAUGCUGCGAAUGGCGGUUGGAACAACACUGGUCUUGUGCUGGGUGUUCUAGCCGCUCUCCGCUUCACCAGACGAGCACCCCUCGCUGCCGGUUUGGCUCCACGGCCUGCCAAGAGUAGCUCGAGUUUCCUCUCAUCACUCGGUCUUGCUGGGUUGUUCUUUGGCCUCCACUCUUUACUCUCUGAUACCAGCACCAUGAUCCUCUGGGGAUGGGAGGGCUAUCCCAUUCGUGGCCCAUACUUCUCCACACAUGGCUGGCUCACUGUUCUUGCCAUGUCGCUUGGUCUGUUCGGCGGAGUCUGGCAGCCUAGGCUUGCAAGCAGCUGGGGGGUCUAUAUCAUCGGUACGGUCGGUGCUAUGUUUUUGACCUUCUUCAGUCAUUGGCCCGGUUACUACGGCGCUCUGACGCUUGCCACUUACUUGAUGGCAUAUUCUGUGCCCAUUUUGACCCAUGCAGCCAAGACAAAUCCUACGACAACUUUUGGCAAUGGUUUCCUCAUCUACAACUUCUUGGUACUCUUCCACGUUUGGGUUGUGGCAUAUGCCUUUGUCCCAGGUGGCCAACUUGUUCGUGAGCACACUGACUGGAUCAUGUAUACGAUGAUGACCUGCAUUGCUGCUGGCGUGUAUGGCAUGAACGCCUCAGGUCAUCAACAGCAACCUUCGAAACGGUCUGUGCCAAUCCAGCAAAGGAAGUAUUUUGGUGUUGCGACCAUCCUAAUCAAUGUUUUCUUCUUGGUCUCGGCCUUCCAGCGGUUUCCUAGUAAUAACUAUCAGCCUUAUCACGCUGAUGACCGAAUCCUCACUGCAGGUAUUUGGACGAUCCACUUUUCGUUUGACAACGAUAUGUGGGCAUCAGAGUACCGUAUGCGAGACCUCAUUAAGGAGCUGGAAAUUGAUGUCAUCGGUCUUCUUGAGUCCGACAACCAGCGUAUCAUCAUGGGUAACCGUGAUGCUACUCAGUUCCUUGCUGAGGAUCUCGGCAUGUAUGUCGACUACGGUCCUGGCCCCAAUAAGCAUACAUGGGGUGCGGCUCUUCUGUCCAAGUUUCCCAUCCUCAACUCGACGCAUCACCUUCUACCUAGUCCUGUCGGUGAACUGGCUCCUGCUAUCCAUGCGACGCUGGAUGUCUAUGGUCAGCUCGUCGAUGUAUUUGUCUUUCACUCCGGGCAAGAAGAGGAUCCUGAAGACCGACGUCUGCAGUCGCUUUAUCUCGCUGACCUAAUGGGCUCGACCCCUCGGCCAGCAUUCUUGCUUAGCUAUUUGGUGACAAAACCAAAGGAGGGUAACUACAACACUUAUGUGAGCGAGAAGUCGGGUAUGAAAGAUGUAGACCCGUCAGAUUGGGACCGAUGGUGCGAAUACAUCCUUUUCAAGAGACUCAAACGUGUGGGAUACGCGCGCGUGAGUCGCAGCUCCAUUACCGAUACGGAACUACAGGUUGCCAAGUUCAAGAUCCCCGAGUCCAAAGAGGAGAUCGAGAAACUGGAUGCCCAGCCAGAUAAGGAGCGCAAUCGCCGAGUUAAGGAGGAGGAGGUCCCUGAAGGCUGGAGAUUCCCCACAAUGUUCCGGGGUGACGGCGUGCGAGAGCACAGAUACCAUGUGUUCAACGAGCCCAGGUAUUUCAACUAG